CAAAUAAAUGUUACUCGUUGCCAUCAAGCAACUUAAACUACUACAUGUAUAUCGAUAGAUGGUGAAUUUCCAGCCACGAAUGAACGGGCAUAUUUUCGGCUACCACGAGGUGCCGCCAUAAUUUGAGCUUCACUUUUACUGUCGAGAGGUUAAAGCAGGAGGACAUACUGCGGUAAGAUUAUUUGGCAACAUUGUGCUAGGUUAUGACCGAUGUAUUUAUAGAAUAAAACAGAACCAGUGCCAGUACCGGCAAUCAGCCAGCAUAACUGCUAGCGCGGAUUUAAUUGGUGCUAUUAAAGGCAACUCCGCGGGACCAUCGACAUGAUCUUUUAUUCGCAGUCCUAGGCAAGGAACUGCAAGGGCAAUUUGUGCUGGAGUACAGGCAGUCAGCCACCUCCAGUCAGAGAAUUGCCAGGGACGCAGGCAGCGUCGAUUUGAGCUGGGCUGCAGGCAGCGGACAGGAACGCGGACAGCGUGUAUAUUUGGACUGGGCCGCAGGCAGCGACCAAAAGCAGACGCAGGCAGCGUCGACUAGCUGGAACUUCUAGGGAAUAGAAGGAUGCAACAUUCCCCUAGAAGAAGUAACCGAAUAAUGGAGGGGCAAGCCACCCCCACAACAACGAGUGCGCCUUCGCAAUCUGGAAGUAGUAGUGCAGAAAACAGGCCGCCGAAGUCGAAAGUAAUAGUUACGUCGGCGCCGCUGAUUCCUAGCCAAGCCACCACAGCCUCCUUGGUAGCUUCCCAGGAAGGAACUGGAAAGGGCAAGAGCCCAGAACUAUGUGAGUACGCCCAUCGAUACCGUAAUACCUAACGGGGUCGGGGCGAGCAGUGCGGCGUCACAGCUGACGCCAUCUUGGAGUGGUCCGUUAUUGUCUGUAAGCUAACGGGGUCGGAGUGAGCAGUACAGCAUGCUCGCAGCCGCCAUCUUAUAGCGGACCACCGCUGCUUGCGAGUAGCAGCUAUUUUACGCCAUUUUGCGCAACCAGCACAGCGCAGACAGCGCAUGGAGUGAUGGCGCCGGCUGUAGGCAUUUACAACGACACGACGCCGACGCCGCUAGCUGGAUCCUACGCCUGGACGACACCAAAUGGAAGCAGUGGAAACUAUAUGCCCCGCAAGCUUCCCGAUCUGCCAGUAUUUGGAGGUCAGCCUGAGGAUUAGCCGAUCUUCCUUUGUGCAUAUACUGAGACAACGCAAGCGUACAACUGUACAGACCUGGAGAACAACCAACGCUUGUUGAAGGCACUGAAGGAUGAAGCCCGCGAGACCGUCAAGUCUCUCCUAAUUCAUCCAAGCAACGUAAGCACUGUUGUGGAGCAGCUGCGUUUCAUAUAUGGCCGACCGGAGCAGCUUAUACGCAGCCAGCUGAGUGGAAUACGAGAGGUGCCCAAUAUUUCGGAGCACAAUCUGGCGAAGAUUAUUCCCUUUGCAACCCGAGGAAGGAACCAAAGCGUCGAUUGCUACAUGCUAGCAUCGACCAAGACCGAGGCGAGCAGCAAGACAGCCGUCUCAGAGGUUGUCCAAUCUGUGGAGGGCAACAUGCAGUUAAAGGCUGCGGAGACUUCAAUGGAGCUUCUCCACCAGACAGGUGGAGGUACGUGAGGAGGCAUCGACUAUGCUUUUCAUCCCUACAAAGUGGUCACAUGACUAGAUCCUGCAAUUCGCAUGGUGAGUGUCAAGUGAAUGGAUGCAGAAAGAGGCAUCACCGUCUGCUACAUUGUGUGGAAAACGAACGUAGAAGGUCGCCGCAACGAGGCGGUGAGGAAAGCUACAGCCAGCGAAACCAGCAGACAGCAGUUUCUAGACGUAGCCUGGACAGAAGGGCUCCGCAGGCGGAUGCCCCCGCACAGAGGAUAUUAAAUUGUGUCGACGCAGAAAGAGGCCGCCUACUGUUUCGUAUACUGCCUGUAAGGCUGUACGGAGCAAACCGACGGGUGGAUACAUACGCACUCUUGGAUGAAGGAUCAUCUGUUACGAUGAUCGACGACGUGCAAGGUGAGCAUCGACAUCUGAAUAUUCAGUGGUUUGAAGGUAGAUCCUCCAGGGAGCUUACCAGCUUGGUAAGCCUGCAAAUCAGUGGAGCAGGCAAGCCAAUCCGCCAUGCGUUGCGAAACGUGUAUUCCGUUUCGAACCUGAGCCUGCCGAUGCAGACUUUACGCCGACGAGAUGUUCAAGGCGUGGAUAAGGAUGCCAGCCUACCAAUGAGGCCCUACAGCAGCGCAGUGCUGAAGAUACUCAUUGGACUGGAUCACGGACACCUAGGAUUUCCACUUAGAUCGAGACGGUUUGCCAGACAGAGACCGUAUGCGGCUGCAACCGAGCUGGGCUGGGUUGUCUUUGGGCCGGUAAGUGGGAAAUCAAACAUGCCUUCACCACGGUCUUGCCUCCUAGCUGUGUCACUGGAGGACACUAUUCAGAGGAUGGUGUAAGACUAUUUCGAUGUCGAGAACUUCGGCGUGAAGCUAUAAUGUUACGGCUACGGGCUGGUUAAAUCUUGUUGGCAAUGCAGCCUCAGCAGGAA